AUGGAUGUGAUCCGUCCACGAAGACCACAUCACAAGAGUAGAACCGGAUGUCUUCAAUGCAAAUCAAGAAAGGUCAAGUGUGAUGAGAAGAAACCAUCAUGCCAGAAAUGUCAAAGUUAUGGUUCGGGUUCAGAAUGCUCGUAUUUGCGCACACAUCCCAUGAAGAGUCUUCAUAGUCACGAGAUUCAGUGCAGUACGAUGAUGCGACAAGGCUCAAAGUCAAAAUCACCAGCGUCUGAUAUCUCACCUUCAAAAGUUGAAUUGAGUCCUAGACCAGUUGUUUCGCCUGCUCCAUCUCUGCCUGCUUCAAAUUAUUCCUUUUCUAUCCUUGAUAUGGAACUACUUCAUUAUUACACCAUGUAUGGCGUUUCAGAUUUCGUCGACUUUGCUACUGGCCAAGAACUCUAUAGGACAACUGUUGUAGAACUAGCUUUCCAGUUUCCAUUUCUUAUGCAUGAGAUUCUUGCCUUGGCCGCCUUGCAAUUAUCACAUGCCCGACCCCUCAAAGCUGCUUACUAUCACGGAGCAUCAACUAUUCACCUAACUGCCGCUCUCCAACUGUUCCAAUCUGCGAUUUCCGAUCUCACGGCUGAAAACUUUCAAGCAUGUUUCGCGUUCACAACCAUCAUGUUUACAUUCGCCUGGACGUCACAGGAUUCCAAUCUUCCCAAUCAUCUGUUCUUUGGGCCCGAUUGUGCCGAAAAUGAAAGUACAUUUCCUCACUCGCAAUGGGUCAAGCUUUACCGAGGUUCCAAUUUUAUACUCAAAAGUACUUGGGAAAAUCUGUCUCGCGGUCCGUUCAAAGUGCUAUUCGACCCUUGGAUUGAUUUUCAACGGGAUUUUAUCCCACCACUCGACCCAGUCGAUGAUUCCCAUGUCUCUUCGCUAGCAAGCGCGUGGUCUAGUACUUCUGCAUGCGAGCUCUCGCUCGAAGAGCGAAAACAUUUGGAUAGUGGACUCGAUAUGUUGAAACGAGUUUUUGGACUCCUGAGAGCACCUAAUGCACCUUCACCCCUAAGCGUGGUCAUGAGUUGGUUUUCUUCCAUCACCGAUGAGGUGGAGGCGAUGCUGGCUAGGAAAGUGAAAGAAGCGUUGCUACUCGUGGCAUAUUAUUGUGUGUGUAUACAUCGUGUGUCACAUGUAUCGUGGAUGAGUGGGAAGGGGAAGAAUUUGUUGCAGACUACUUUGGAUGAGUUGGGGCCUGGAUGGGAGCAAUGGACGGCGUGGCCUAUAGAAGUCGUUUUGGGGAGGGAAUGGAGGGGUGGGAAGACGAUGAGUGUGGAUUUUAUUAGUGGUGCAUCAUGA